AUGUAAAAUUUAUUUAGGAAUUAAACUAGUAUUUUUAUAUACACUCUUUAAGAAAAAUUGAAUCAAUCUACAAUUAAUUUUGCAAAGAGACAAUAUUAAUCAAUAUUGUACGUCUAUAACAUAUUAAAUAAAAAAGGGAAAUCACUUAAUUAGAGAAAUACAUCAGAUUAAUCUAAUAUUCUUUUUCUAUAUAAUGAAUUAUUAGCAUUUACUUAUUUAGUUAUAGAAAAUAAAUUUCAUAUUAUUAUUGAUCUACAUAAAAAAAUUAACUAUAUAAAUAAGAAGAUUUUAUGUAAUCUUUUUAAUAGACUAUUUUCAGUGAAAUAUUUCUAUGAUUGA